AUGCCGCUGCGGCUGGCGCUCUGCCUUCUGGCGCUCUGCAGCCCCGCCGCCGCGCACGGUGGAAUCUGCUGGCUGCAACAGGGGAAGGAGGCCAAGUGCACCAUGAUCCUGAAGACAGGAGUGACGUGGGAAGAAUGCUGUGCCAAUGGCAACGUGGAUGUGGCCUGGUCUAACUACACCUACCCAGGCAACAAGAUCAGCCUGCUGGGCUUCCUGGGGCUGGUGACCUGCCACCCCUGCAAAGAGAGCUGCGAGGGGGUGGUGUGCGGCCCCGACAAGGUCUGCAAGAUGAAGCACGGGCGUCCCCAGUGUGCCUGUGCCCCCGACUGCUCCAGCCUGCCCCGCAAGCUGCAGGUCUGUGGCUCGGAUGGCUACACCUACCGGGACGAGUGUGAUCUGCUGACGGCCAAGUGCAGAGACCACCCCGACCUCGAAGUGAUGUACCAAGGCAAAUGCAAAAAGUCCUGCUCCAGCGUGGUGUGUCCUGGCACCCACACCUGCGUGGUGGACCAGACAGGCAGCGCCCACUGUGUGAUGUGCCGGACAGCCCCCUGCCCUGAGCCCACCAGCCUGGACCACGCCCUCUGCGGCAACAACAACGUCACCUACCCCUCGGCGUGCCACCUGCGGCGUGCCACCUGCCACCGCGGCCGCUCCAUCGGCGUGCGCCACUACGGGAGCUGCUCAGCUGCGGCCAAAUUCUCCUCAGAGACGGACAGCGUGGAGGAGAACUACGUGUGAAUCGUCCCUCGGCCGAGCCGGAGCUGGGAGACAGGGGCAUUAUGUGUAUAUUGUACAAACCAUAUACCUGAUAUUUAUUAAGAUAAAAAGAUCCUUAUUUAUCCCUGUGUAUGUUAAGCAGUCGCAGGGGGCUCGAUUCCCAUCCUGCCGGCCAGGGAGCAGGGGAGGGGGCUCAUGGCUGGAGCAGGGCUGAGAUGACCUGGGAUGCU